AUGUCGUUUAAUGCUGAAAUGGCUUUCGUCGUAACGAAUAUGAUUGGAGCACUGGCUGGGAUGAGUAGUGUGCUUGGAACAAAGCUUGGUUGGCUUGUUGGGUUGGCAUGUAUUCCAGCAUUGCUCUCGAUCCUGAUGGCUCUGUAUUUCCCUGAUUCUCCACGAUUCCUCCUUGUGAAGAGAAAGAAACGAAAGCAGGCUGAGAAAUCUGUUGAAUUUUAUCAUGGCACUAGUAAGCACGACACUGCAAAGGUGCUUCUGUCGUAUGAAAAUGAAGGCAUUGAAACCAACGGUUCGGUUAAAGAGCUGCUUACUACGAAACAUGUGCGGUCGGGUCUUAUUUUAGGAGUCAUCGCGUUACAAGCUACCACGUCAAUUUGGCCUGUGAUAUAUUACUCAACAGAUUUCCUAAUUAGAGAGAAUAUCAAUCCUGAAACUGCUGAACUCACAUCUACUGUGAUGUUGUUCGUA